AUUUGAUUUCGCACAAAAAGUUAUCAAUAAAGUACAAUGAAAAAAACUACAAUAAACAUUUUAGUAGAAUGGUUGGACAGACACUCAUCUGUUUAUUUUAUGUGUGUACGUUAAUCGACGUAUAUCCACGUGCAUGGAAGUUCGAUUAGAAGGUGUAUCAUUAUUAGAUGACUGUCUUUUAUAAAGAAAUUCCUAAAGACAUGGAGGUUGAACCAAUCGAUGACAUUACCGAGAAUAUGGAUGAAAGUAGCAACGACAGUGAUGGAGAAGAUUCAACCGAUAAUGAAAAUAUUGAAGAGACAGGGGACCAGAAUAGUGAAUCUAAAGUGUAUCUUCCAGGACGACCAUUAGAAAGUGGAGAAGAACUUGUUGUUGACAAAUCAGCAUACAGAAUGUUACAUCAUGCGCAAUCUGGUGCACCUUGUCUUAGUUUCGAUGUAAUUUUAGACGACUUAGGAAGUAACAGAGAAGAUUAUCCUCUAACUAUGUACUUGAUUGCUGGAACUCAAGCAGCUAAGGCUCAUGUAAAUAAUCUUCUUGUAAUGAAAAUGAAAAAUCUUCAUGGUAUAACAAAUGAAGAUUCUGAAGAUGAAUUAGAAGAUGAUGAAUCAGACGAUGAAGAUAUCAAACCUCCAGUAAUGUCUGUUGCACCGAUAAAACAUCAAGGCUGCGUUAAUAGAGUAAGAUAUACAAAAAUUGGUCAAACACCUCUAGCAGCAAGUUGGAGCGAACUGGGUCGUGUACAUAUUUGGAAUUUAGAAGAACAAUUAAAAGUACUUGAAAAUGAGGAGCAGCUUCAUGAAUAUCGCAAAAAAAGUGAAAAAAAUGAUAGUGGUAUCAAGGCAUUAUUUACUUUUAAAGGACACCUUUCAGAAGGGUAUGGUCUCGAUUGGUGUUCAACAGAAGUAGGUACUUUAGCUUCUGGUGACUGCAAAGGCAACAUUCAUAUAUGGCGCAUUGAUGACAAUAAAGAUUGUACAACAUGGCAUGUUGAUCAAAGACCCUAUAGUUCACAUGUACCAUCCAGUGUUGAAGAUCUUCAGUGGUCUCCUAAUGAGAGACAUGUAUUGGCUUCGUGUUCUGUUGAUAAAAGCAUUAAAAUUUGGGAUACAAGGGUAAGUCCACAAUCUGCCUGCAUGUUAACAGCAGCUGACGUUCACACUGCUGACAUUAAUGUAAUCUCCUGGAAUCGUAAAGAAAGUCAGUUUCUUGUGUCUGGUGGUGAUGAUGGUUUAAUUUGUGUAUGGGAUCUGCGUCAGUUUGGUCCUAAUACACAGCCACUAGCCAUGUUUAAGCAACAUACAGCACCAGUUACAACGAUAGAAUGGCACCCUCAGGAAGCCACAGUUUUUGCUUCUGGUGGUGCUGAUGAUCAAAUUGCAGAGUGGGAUUUGUCAGUGGAAACUGAUCACUUAGAAGAAACAGAAAAUAAUGAGCUGAAAGAUUUACCUCCACAAUUAUUAUUCAUACAUCAAGGUCAAACAGACAUUAAAGAACUACAUUGGCAUCCUCAAUGUCCUGGUGUUGUAAUAUCAACAGCGCAUUCAGGGUUCAAUAUAUUUCGUACAAUUAGUGUGUAAAAAUUUUAUGUUUUGUAAUAUAAUGUUCAUAAAAUACUACACAGGUCUGACAUUCUUUCAUUUUAUUCUUAAAACGACAUUUUUUAAACUGUAUCACUUUUAAACAUAAUAUUUUUUUUUGAUACACAUAAAUAUAACUUAUAAAUUUUAUUUCCAUGCUACAAAUCAAGAGUUAAUACUUCUUGUAUUAUAAAUACAUAAUAAAUAUAUAUUAUAUAUAUAAUAAAAUAAUAAUAAAUAUAAAAUUAUAAAUAUAAUAUAUAUAUUUCACAGUUAUUUAAUAUAUAAAUUUGAAUAGUUUCAAAAUGUUUUUCAUUUAUGUGUCAGAUGUAAAGAUAGUAGGUGCCUUAUAGUUGGUCUACCAUGAGGGCAACUCCAAGGAUUCUCCAUUUGUGCCAUUUGCGUUAUUAACUUUUGCAUUUCAUUAUUAUUUAGUGCAGUGCCAAUCAUAACUGCACUGCGGCAAGCUCUUGAUGCUAACAUUUGCCUUACUCGAGAUGGACGAUAUAUAUGAUUUUCUUUAUUUUCUAUACCCCCUUCCCUAAUGAGAAAAAUUAAUUCUUCUAUAUCAUCUUUCCCAAAUUGCCAAUAACCACUAACUGGUAUACCUGUUAAAUCUACACGAUGCCCAGAUUCAGCUAAAAUAUAAAAUAUUUAAAGGUAAAAUUUAUUCAAUUGGAUUAUAAUUGUUUAAACAAUAUUUUUCUAAAUAGAAUUGACUCCAAAUCAGAUCGUUUAUAAAAACUUACAUUUACCUUCAGAAUUAAUUUUGAAGAAAAAACCGUUAUCUUCAAAUGUUUUUUGAUGUUCAAUUAAUAUUGCUUCAUUUAAAGAAGAAAGAUUCAAAGAUUUAGGAACAAUUAAUUUCUGUGUUUUCAAUUGUGUUUUGUUAUUUAGUUUUUCAAAACGAUACUUUUCAUCUGUAGCAUGCUGAUCAAUUAUAAAUAGAUCUUCCUUUAAACGAGCUAUGAUAAAACCAAGAUUAAAUUGUCCUAUGAUCUCCAUCUGUAAUUUGUUUAUUUUUAUUUUUAAUAUUCAAACUUUAAAAGUGCUAAUAAUACUAAAUACAGCGCAUGGUAAAUAUUAUAACCUCAUGGAAAGAUUCUUUCGUUAACUCUCGUUUCAAUUCGUUUUCAGCGUUAGAAUUUUGGGUUGAAUCCAUUUGUACUUUGUAUUUGAUUCUUGUGUUUGUAUUUGUAAAUUUCUGUUUUUGACUUCUACUUUCUCCAAGUUUUUGUUUUAUCUUUAAAAUAUUAAUUGACAUUUCUACAUCGCUUAAUAUUUUUAUUUGACUUACAUAAGUUUGUAUAUCACAAUUUUCAUCAUUGUCAGUAUCGCAUUGUAUACUUUUCUUUUCUAUAUAUUUUUGAAGAUAUUCUUCUUUCUGGUUGUAUGGUUCAGAGUGUAAAUUUUGUAAUCUUUUUGCUGGAGGAUCUGUAUUUGUGGGGGAAAUUGCUCUUUUUAUUCUUAAUUGUAAAUCUGGCAGUGGUGUCACAGUAAAACUUCCUUGUAGAUUGUCCCAUUUUGUUGUCAAGCUAAAUUUCAAAGUUGCUAAUACUAAAUGUUCUUGUGUACAAAAAAUAGUUCUUUUAUCUGGAGUUACAUUAAUAUCAGUUGACUGUUUAUUUAGCUUUAAAUUUAAAAAAAUGAAUGGAUAUUGUUUAUUAUUAUAUUUGUGGUAAAUAUGAUUUAUUAGUUUACUAAUUUUUAUGAGAUCACAUGGACGACCAUUUAUAUAAAAAAAUUGUCUAUCUGGAGCAGAUCGCCCAAUAUUAUGAUCACAACUACUAACAUAACAGAUCCACUCAAAGUCUAUAACUGUAUUAUUUGGUAAGUUAUAUUCUUGCAAUGUUGUUUCAUCAGGUGGUAACAGUUCAAGUUUAACAAGUCCGUUAGAAGAUUUUCUACCAAAUAUUACAUUGAUGUUACUUAAAAUGUCACUGGAAUUUGCAGUACUAACAACAUGAUUAGAUUUGCCUGACACUGAAUUAGUACAUGUUAUCUUUGUUUGAGUGGAAACUAAACAAUAACUGUAUAAUACUUGAAUGGCACGAGUAUAUUCUCUUUUAAGAUUCUUUUGAAGUUCUUUUGCUCUAACAGGUAGACACUUGAAGAUAUCUGUAACAUGUACAGUAGUUCCUAUUUCUCUUGCAUAUGCUUCCUUUUUUUCUAGUAUACCGUUACGAUCAAACUGUAACUUGAAACCAUGUUCACUGGUCAAGUGCCUCGUAAUAAUAGUUAAUUUCGACAAAGAACAAAGAGAGCUUAGAGCUUCUCCACGAAAUCCGAAUGUAUUUACUUGCGUUAAAUCUGAGAAUUCUUGAAGUUUAGAUGUAUGAUGUUUUAAUCCUAAUUAAUAAAAAAGUAU